AUGCCUAUGGUCGAGAAACGAGACAGAGGCCGCUCUCGGGAUUCGGGGAAUGAUAGUAUGCAAGAAAUAUCAAAGAUGUGCUUAGAAGCACUUCCUGUGGACGAUGGAUGGUCCGGAUUCAUCGUAGACAAAGACGCAAGAAUAGAUCCACCGAUCCAUACGGAAUAUUUCCUCUCGGGUGGUGCGAUAAUCUUGAUUUUCAUGGUGGAUGGUGCUAGGGCAGUGAUUUCCUUUUGCAUUCUGUCAGCAAUUCCAGGAUACAUGGUAGUACCUCCAGAAAGGACAGUGUUGGCAUACAAAUCCUUACGGAUAUCGACGUCGCAUUUCAUGAUCGAGUUGUAUGUUGUUUCAUGGAUACCGCAGGCUUCCAUACCCAAGAAGGAUGGCUGGAAGAGAGCUUCGGGACAACGGAAUCUUUCGUUACCAAUAGUGAUCACUUGA